AUGACGCGAAGAAUUGUAUAUGGCGUGGGCCUCAUCCUCACACUGGCCUGCACCAUCAUGACCAUCGCCAGUAUCUCGAUGCCGCGAUGGGUCAGCUACAGCCCCGACGGCAAGCGCGAAUACUCGUACGGCCUCCACAGUCGCUGCUCCGCCGUCACGGGCACCUGUGUCCCCUUCCCCAAGAUGAGUGACUGCACAAAGGACCCGUCCUUCUGCAACAUGUGGCGGACAGUCGGUUUCCUGACCUCCUUCGGCGUCGUCGUCGAGCUCUGCGCCAUCGUCUCCUUCAUCGUCAUCAUCUCAGGCGGAGUCCAGCGCCGCGCCGCGGGCUGGCAGGUAGCCGUUGGCGUCCUCUCCUUCAGCGCCAUCGUCCAGUGCGCCGGCAUGGCCAUAGUGGCCUUCCUCUUCGACCACGACGAGCGCUUCUGGUCCGGCUGGCAUCUCGACCUCUCCUGGACCCUCUGCACCGCCAGCUGGACCAUCCUCUUCCUCACCUCCGUCGCCAUCGCCGUAUCCGCCUUCUACCUCCCCGUCGAGGGCGACUACGAGCUCAUCCCAGAAGAAUACUACGGUCCGCCAGACGAUCGGCUUCUUUCGCGCAUCUCGGCUUGGGACAACGGCUUCAAAGGCCCUGACUCGGGCAUGCAGUAUAGUUACCAGCGCGAUCAGGAUAGCAUGAGCGAUGUUGUUAGUAUUGCGGCGAGUAGCAUUGCGCCUAGUGAUCGCAUGAGGAGAGGAAGCAGUAUUGCGCCUAGUAAUCGGAGGGAGAGUGAUGCGAGGAGAUAG